AAAUAAUAUCCGGUUUUGAAGGCGGAUUGGUGGCGCUAUUUGAAUCAUCGCUUUUCCAUCGUUCAAAACCCUCUCCUUCCCCGAACCCAAACCCUUGGCGGCUGACCCCCCAAGUCCCCCUACCGUUCGUUGCUCCCCUCUUUCUCUCUCUCUCCUAGGGUUUUUCUCUCUCCCGCUGAACUCCCGCGCCUUCUUCCGUCGUUAACUUUUUUGGGAACAGUACUAUCGCCUCCCUUGCUUGUCUCCUCUGAAGAUCGGAUCAUGGCAGCUGUCGCUCCACCUGCAGAUCAAGCUGCUGAUUUACUGCAGAAAUUGUCUUUAGAUUCUCAGCCUAAGACUCUUGAAGUUCCUGAGGUCACGAAGAAGGCUUCUGCUAUACCAUUUGGAUCAGUUGAUGCUGGUGAAGUGCCAAAUGGUCAAAUUCCAUCAGAGCGGUCUAUAACUCCUCUACUCCAGGACUUCGUGGAUCCUACAAUGUGCUAUCUUCCUAAUGGAUAUCCAUCUACUACUUAUUAUUAUGGAGGUUAUGAUGGGCCUAUUAACGAGUGGGAUGACUACUCCAGAUAUGUAAAUCCAGAUGGAGUGGAGAUGUCCCCUGGAGUUUACGGGGAAAAUGGGUCACUCAUGUAUCACCAUGGUUACGGAUAUGCACCUUAUGGUCCAUACCCCUGA